CAAAGGUUAUGACUUUGAAAGCUGGUGCCAACUGCCUUGUCAAAUACAGAGCUCAAGUUUAUGUACCACUCAAGGAACUCUUGAACCAAACUGAAGAAGAAAUUAAUAAAGCUCUAAACAAAAAAAAUGGGGUUAGAAGAUACUUUAGAACAGUUAAAUACAAUGAUAACAGAAAGCAGGAGAGGUGUAAGAACUCUGAAAGAAGAAGUUCAAAAGCUGGACGAUCUUUACCAACAGAAGGUUAAGGAAGCUAAAGAAGAGGACAAAAAAUGUGCCAGUGAGCUGGAGUCCUUGGAGAAACACAAGCAUCUGCUGGAGAGCGCUGUUAAUGAGGGCCUCAGUGAAGCUAUGAAUGAAUUAGAUGCUAUUCAGCGAGAAUACCAACUAGCUGUGCAAACCACAACUGAAGAACGACGAAAAGUGGGAAAUAACUUGCAGCGUCUUUUAGAGAUGGUUGCUACACAUGUAGGGUCUGUGGAGAAACAUCUUGAGGAGCAGAUUGCUAAAGUUGAGAGAGAAUAUGAAAAAUACAUGUCUGAAGAUCUCUUGGAAAAUAAUAGAGAGAUUGGAGACAAGUAUAAGAAGAAAGCUGCUCUAAUUAAGCCUUCUGAUGAAUGAAGAUAAAAUAUUGAUUAUCUAAACAAGAACUGGGGCACCUGGGUGGCUCAGUUGGUUGAGCAACUGCCUUCGGCUCAGGUCAUGAUCC